AUGGGGUGCCGGAGGAACCGGCAGAAGCGGGGACGACGAACCACACAGAUGAUUAGCUUCAUCCAAGUCAACCUGAACCACUGCAGAGUGGCUCAGGACCUCCUCUAUCAGUAUAUGGUCGAGGAAAAAGUGGACAUCGCUCUCCUGAUCGACCCACACAGGAUCGAACCCACAGCUAGCUGGUACUCCAACUAUGGACAACAGAGAACAGCCAUAUUCACCAUGAGCGACCGAGUGACUAUAGCCAACGUAUUGAAGGAUCCAGAAUUCGUCUCAGCACGCAUAAAUGGCGUACAGGUGUUUAGCUGCUACGCGUCCCCGAACCAGCCUCUUGUGGGCUUCACCGACUUCCUCCAGCGCCUGGAAGACAAUAUCAGGACCAUCCCACAAGGUAUGCCCGUUCUAGUCACCGGAGACUUUAACGCCAGGUCCCCAGCCUGGGGAGACUGGGUCAGCAACGCGAGAGGCGAAGAACUAGGAAUGUUGAUCGAGUCAUUGGAUCUCCUCAUCAUGAACUCCGGCUCUACCUCCACAUUCACAAGCGGGGCUGGAUCAGUUAUUGACCUUACACUGGCAUCGGAGCCACUAUCAGGACGACUUAGCGGAUGGAGGGUCAUGGAUUCCGAAUUCAACAAUAGUGACCACCACUAUAUCAGCUUCCAUCUCACCGAUAGCACGACAAACCAACCACAACCAGCUGCCGGAGACUCCCAAGGUUGGAUCACGUCCGGCGGGAUCGACGUCGAAGCCCUCCGCACGGGGCUGUUAAUCGCUAAAUGGCUGGACGGAGGCCAUCAACGGGAUGCCCAAGACGCCGAGGCUGAAGCUAGGACUCUCCGUUCGAGAAUCGCAACAGCGUGUGACUUCGCACUGCCCAAACGGCGGAUCGCGAAACCAGGGAAGCGGCCAGUUCACUGGUGGAAUCCGGAAAUCGGCACCCUGCGUGCGGAACCAAAAGAAACAAGGUCAGAAUGGUAUCCCGUAUAUCACGCCUGCGGGAGCGGGCCGUGGGGGAUUUCGACGAGGCCCGAGCUAACGAUGAGCUGA